GUGUGUGAUAUUAUUCCUUAUAGAUGUGACAUUAUUCCUAUAUGAAAAAGGCAUGAGCAACCCACAUGUUUUUGAUGAACUUUCAAAUAGACUGAAUAAAAAUGUAAACUCUACUGCAUCCAAUGACUUACAACCUUGCAAUGAUGUCAAAAAUACUCUUCAUGAUUCAACAGGCUCUAAACAGCAUGUCAAUGAAUAUGUAGAUGGUAAAAAGCCUGAAAAAAAGAAAGGAGUUAUUAAAUCAUUAAAAAGUUUUUUUUCAAAAAAAAAAAAAAAAAAAAGUCAUUCUGAUCAAGCUUUGAAUUUUGAUUCAGAAAUUAAAAAAGAAGAUCACUUAAAUGUAAAAAGUAAGAUAGAUGGUGAUACACUUGUCUUAAAAAAUGAGUCACCAGAAAAGCAGAAUUCACUUGAAAAAACUCAACAGAAAAUAAGAAGCUCAUUACGAAAAUUAAAAAUUAGUAAACAAAAGCCAGAUAAUGAUAAUCAAAAGACAGAUGAUUCUUCAGGAAGGGUGGAAAAUUCAAGCUUAGAAUCUAAUUCAAGACAUCCUAAUAUUAUUGAACAAUCAACUCCUGCUGUAAAAAAACCUUCAAUAGCAUUAAAGCCAUCUAUUCGUUCAGCUGAGAACAUUUCUCCAAUUGAUAUCGAUGGGUUCUCCAUCACUUCGACUGUUGAAUCAUCGGCAGCUAAAGACAAGAUUAGAAUCGCCCCACAAAAUCGAAGAAAGCCAACUCGCUUUCAGUCUGACCUCAGCAAAAAACCAUCUGAUGAAAUCUUUAGUGAGCCUGAAAAUAAUUUAAGCAGUGAUGUUAAGUUAGAAGUUUCAAAAAAACUUUUUGAUAGCGUCUUAAACACAUCAAUAUGUAACGUUGAUGGAGAGGAGAGUUUUGAACACUCUUCCGUUGCGAUGGAAAAUGUAGUACGCUCGGAAUCUGUUGAAAUACCUAAAAAAGCAGGCGGUAUUUCAGUUGAAGAUAUUGUCAGAACUAGAAGAACUUUAUCGACGAACAGUAGAGAAAACGUUCCGUUGAUUUCGGUUAAACCUUGCAAUAGAUCAACGAACUCAAUGAAUAACAAAGAGCGUGUUUCGCAUAGCCGUUCUUUAGGAGCAUUAAAUAAAGUAACAGAAAGUAAAAGUUAUUCGAAUAAAGAUGGCAGCAGAGCCAAAAGUGAACGUACCCUAAACAUGGAAAAUGAAGCUAAAGAAAAGCAAUCUGUUUUUGAAGAACAGAAUGUUCUAAAGAAACCGACAAAUUCUUCAGCAAAUAAUGAUAGUGAAAGAAGUAGCUUUUUUCUUCGUGAAUUAGAAAAGGACAUUCGUAGUUUUAAUGUUGAAACCAAUAAUUCAAAAACUGUUCAGAAUAGUUUUAAAAACAAUGACUUGACUCAAGAAAAUAUACAUUUUACUUGCAGCAAUGGUAACGACGUUCCUAUUAAAGAGGAUUUACAUAAGAAGCGUGACAGCAGUAACUAUGUUCCUGUCCAUGAGGAUUACGUAAAGCGCAACCCCGCAAGCGUCGUAUCCAAAGACGAACUUGAAAAGCGUAAUAGUGCAGGCUAUAGCGUUCCUUCGAAAGAUGGUGUUGGAAAGCGUAUAAGCGGUAACUAUAGUGUUUCUUCCAAAGAAGAUCUCGGAAAGCGUAACAGUGGAAAUUAUGCCGUCUCUUCGAAAGAAGAUCUUGGAAAGCGUAACAGCGGGAACUAUAAACAGGGUUUUUUAACUAAACCUAGUUGCGUUGAUCCUGUUAAAUCUACUAAAAAAGAUAACGACUCAAAUAAAAAUUCUUUUUUAAAUGAAAGCAAAGAAAAAGACGAAUUUGAUUUGCAUAGUAUUGUUAAAGAAACAGUGACCAUUGGUCAAAAAGAUUCUCGAUUCAAAGAAGAUAUUUCUAUCAUUCAUUCAAGGAAUAGAUCCAAUGAAGCAGGUUUUCAACUCGCCAGCCCUCCCGAUAGCUUAGACUUUUCUUUAAAAAGUAAGCAAUCACAUCCUUCAUCCAAAGAUCCUAACCUAGAGCUUUCUAGCACUUCCAUAAAGCCAACUGAUGUUGUUAUGGAGCGAUCAAGCGUUUUAAAGAAAAAGCCUAGUAGUGAAAAUUUAACCGAGAAGCUUUCUGGAAAAUCGUCAUUUCCAUUAAAUGAGAUACAUUCCACCUCAAAAUUUGAUUGGACAUCAAACUCAAUAAAAUCCGAGCAAGACAAGAAACAGAAACCUUUAAAACCUAAUGAAUCUUAUAAGGAACCCAUUAUUCCCGAGUUUAAUCGCAUUUUAUUAAAACAAACUCCUAAUUCUAAAGAUUUGUUGCGUAAUUCUGAACUUUUUAAUGAAACUGAUAUGAAUAAUACUAAUAAUGAUAAUGAUAGCAAUUCGUCAAAAGAACCCCAGAUUAUAGAAAAAUCAACUUUGAAUUCCACGUUAAGUGAAAAGCAAAAAAGUACAGACUUAAUCGACACACCCGUAUCGAGUGCUGAUUUGAAUAUUGUGCGAUCUAAAUCUUUAUCCAGCGCUGAAGUUAGCCGACCUAAACUCAAAGAUAACAGCAGAGAUGCUAAAUCUACUUCUUGGUUUGCAGCUAACGAUGAUGAUAAAGUUGAACAUGAAAACUUCAAUAAAGGACACUCUGCAAUUAAAGAUCACAAUGUAAUUAGUAUGAUGCAUAGUUCUCCAUCUGAGCUUCAAAACAAAUCUUCAGGUUUUAAAAUAAAGAUCAGUACAAAAGCUAGUAUAAAUUCUUCGUCAUCAAACACCUCAACUAUACCUGCCAAGAGCGAUAAAUGUCUUGUAUGCGACAAACCUGCAUAUAAAUACGAACGUUGCGAUAUUGAUUUUUGUGUGAUUCACAACACGUGCGCAAAGUGCGACUUGUGUUCUCGCAAACUAAACGUUAGCAACAUCCAUCUGUUAAAUAAUAAAAUAUAUUGUUCACAGCACAAGCCUGUUUAGAGAAUAUUUUAAUACUCUAUUUAUAUUUUAUGACAUUAAAUUUUAGUAUUAAAUAAUUUUAUAAACAGAAGUUGAAAUUUUAUAAAAGAUACUCGUAAUUUUGUAGUCGAAGCGAUUUCAACGAUACGUUUUCGAAACUUUUUCAACGAUAAGCGUAGUUUUAUAUUGACUUCUAAAAUGUUAACUUUUUUGUAUUCAUAUUUAGAAUAAUUUAAAUAGUCAAGUAAACUUUUAAACUGAAAAACUGUUUAUAGAAGCUUUUGAUAUUUUAUCACUUAUUAUUGUAAAAACUUACUAUUGGUACAUAUGAGUAUGAACAUUAAUUUUUCAUAGUAAUAAAUAUAUAGUUUUAUAAAACCUUUUUUUAUACGUAGAACACUUAAGGAAAAUAUUUUCUUC